CUUCAGCCGCUGCUGCUGCCGCCGCCACCGCCACCGCAGAGGCUCGGACUCCGCGCGCGGCCCCGGCCGCCUGCAUCUCUCCACCCGCAGCGCAUCCAUCCCCUGCCUCCGCUCGUGGCUCCCACAGCUGCUGCUGCCGCUGCGCCGCCCAACCGGGAUGGGCGCGGGGCCCGGCGCGGGGCUCUGAGCCUCCCUGCAUCCCCCCCCCCCCCCAGAGCUCCGGCUCCAGCUUCCUCCCUUCCCCCUCCCCUCUCUUUCCUUCCCCUCCCCUCCCCCAGCCGGGGGGCCAUGCCCCAGGCGCUGAGCUGGGGGGCGGCCCUGGGGGUCCGGGCAGCGCGGAGGAAGGAGGUCCAGGUCCAGGUCCAGGUCCGUGUCCCUGUCCCCGAGGGCCCCCCCAGCGCGGCGCUUCAUGGAGCGGCCCGGCCCUGGGUGCCGGGGGCGGGAGGAGGAGGAUCCAGCUGGGCCCUGUGAGCCCCCAGCGCUGGCGGCAAAAUGUUGAUAGUGGAGAAGACAACUGACUACCCAUCGGCCGAGUAUUCCCUGGUGGAGGAUGUGGCCCUGCAUUUCACCUGUUUGAUGGACAGGCUGAACCAGCAGCGUCUCUUCCAGCCAGACCUGUGUGACGUGGACCUGGUACUGGUACAGCAGCACAGCGUCUUUCCAGCCCACAAGGGGGUCCUGGCUGCCUACAGCCAGUUCUUCCACUCUCUCUUCACUCAGAACAAGCAGCUGCAGAGGGUCGAGCUGUCCCUGGAGGCCCUGGCCCCCCGGGGGCUCCAGCAGAUCCUCAACUUUAUCUAUACCUCCAAGCUUCUGGUCAACGCAGCCAACGUCCAGGACGUGUUAAACGCCGCCUCCGUGCUUCAGAUGGCGGACAUUGCUGCCUCCUGCCAGGACUUGUUGGACGCCUGCUCCCUUGGUCCCCCUGGCCCCAUGGCCAUGGCCCUGGGGCCCGGGAGCAGCGGAGGUGGUUGCCCUCCUGGCCCUGCCUCGUACUAUUGUGAGAUCAAGCAGGAGGUCGAUGCUCCCACCCAGCCCAAGAUCUAUGCCCGAGAAGGGACGGAUCCCUUUUCGGUGAGGGUGGAGGAUGGGGCAGGGCUGGGGGGCAGCACCGCCAUAGGGCUCACCCCUGUAUCAGCCAAGCCUUUCUACAAAGAAGAGAAGGAGGAGGCCAGCGGUGCUGAGGGGACAGCGCCCAGGGCUUUGUGUAAGCUGGAAGGGGCUGAGGACUCUGAGGAGGAUCUGGAGGGCCAGGGGGCCUACAGUGGGGAGCAGCAGCAGAUCAUCGUGGAGGUCAACCUCAACAACCAGACGCUCCACGUGUCCAAAGGUCCUGAGGGGAAGCCGCCCGCUGCUGACACUGGGGAGGCCACUGUGGUGCUGGGCCCAGAGCAGAGAGCCAGGGGGGAGGAGGAGGAAGAUGAGGAGGAGGAAGGGGGUGCUGGUGGCAGUGGGGGAGAGGAGGAAGAGGAGGAAGAGGAAGAGGAGGAGGAGGAAGAGGAGGAAGAAGAAGAGGAGGAGGAGGAAGGUGAUGGAGGAGAGGAGGAGGAGGAGGAGGAAGAGCGCAGUGAAGAAGAGGAGGCAGAGACCACAGAAGAGGAAGAAGAAGAGGCAGGCCGGGCCAGGAAGGAGAAGCCGAGGCCCCCCUGCCAAGGGUCCCGGGCGGGCCAGGCUACCAGGAGCAGCGUGGCCACGAGGUCCAGGGAGGGGACCAAGCAGGGGGUGUCAGGUGAGGAAGAGGAGGAGGGAGUCGAGGAGGGGGCCCGAAGAGGCCGGAAGCGAAGGAAGGAUGCCCAGCUGCCAGCCCCAGCCCCAGAUGGCCUGGGCCCCAAGGUAAAGCUGGAGGAGAAGCAGCAUCACCCAUGCCAGAAGUGCCCUCGGGUCUUCAACAACCGCUGGUACCUGGAGAAACACAUGAAUGUGACCCACAGCCGAAUGCAGAUUUGUGACAAGUGUGGCAAGCGCUUCCUGCUCGAGAGUGAGCUCCUUCUGCACCACCAGACAGACUGCGAGAGGAACAUCCAGUGUGUCACGUGUGGCAAAGCCUUUAAGAAGCUUUGGUCCCUCCAUGAGCACAACAAGAUCGUCCAUGGCUACGCAGAGAAGAAGUUCUCCUGUGAGAUCUGUGAGAAGAAAUUCUAUACCAUGGCUCACGUGCGAAAGCACAUGGUUGCUCACACCAAGGACAUGCCCUUCACCUGCGAGACCUGUGGCAAGUCCUUCAAGAGGAGCAUGUCACUCAAAGUCCAUUCCCUGCAGCAUUCUGGAGAGAAGCCUUUCAAAUGUGAGAACUGCAAUGAGCGCUUCCAGUACAAGUACCAGCUUCGGUCCCACAUGAGCAUCCACAUCGGGCACAAGCAGUUCAUGUGUCAAUGGUGCGGGAAGGACUUCAAUAUGAAGCAGUAUUUUGAUGAGCACAUGAAAACACACACAGGUGAGAAGCCGUAUAUCUGUGAGAUCUGUGGCAAGAGCUUCACAAGCCGGCCCAACAUGAAGAGGCACCGGCGGACACACACGGGCGAGAAGCCCUACCCCUGUGACGUGUGCGGCCAGCGCUUUCGUUUUUCCAACAUGCUGAAAGCCCACAAAGAGAAGUGCUUCCGUGUCAGUCACCCAAUGACCUCGGACACUCCUGACGGUGGUGACCACCCCCCAGGCCUCACCCUGGCCCUGACUCCAGUGCCCCCAGGAGCUGCCCCUGCGACCCCUACCCAGCCUGGCCUUCCUCCCCCGCAGCCCCCACCACCCCCCACACCACCCUCACACUCCCUCCCCCUGCUCCCCCCACUCCCCCAGACCCUGCCACCCCCGCCUCACCUACCUCCCCCACCCCCUCUGUUCUCUACCGGGAAGGUCAAUGCCAGCCACAACUAGGGCCCCCAUUCCUCCCCUGGCCCUGCUGCUCUCCCCUAGAGCCCCUCUUGCCUCUCGUCCAUGCCAAGUUUGUCCCAGCUGCACCUCCGAAAGGACCCCGUGGAUUGACUCUGGAAAAUGGAGCCCAUGUGUGUUCCUCUCUUUUCUCCCCUCUCUUCUUCCUCAGUAGAGUGGAAGGAGCGACGGAUGUGAUUUCCAAGGACCUGGUUUCAGAUUCUCACUCUGCCACUAACCCAAGUGACUUUGGGCAGGCUGCUGAUCUUCUCUGAACCUCAGUUUCCUCAUCUGUACUAAGAGGAAGUCGGACUAAAUGUUAGAUAAGAUCUCUUCCGGUUCCCAAGUCCUGUGCGCCCAUCCUGCCCCCUCUCUUCCUCCUCCUUUUCCAUGACCACUCAGUUCCAUUCUGCCUCAUCAUGGUGGUAUCGGGGAUGAACGAGGAAUAGGAUGAGACCCUGGAUGGGGGCCAGGAGGAGUGCCAGUUUGUUUUUGGGGGGGUUCUUUAUUGCUUUGGUAAGAGGGAAAGGAAUGGAGCUUGGGAGGGAGGCAAAGAGCCCUGGGCUAAGAGUCAAGGAGCCUAGAUUGCCUCGGGCAAGUCACUCUCUGGGGUCUCAGUUUCUUCAUUUGUAAAAUGACAGAUUAGAGUUGUAAGGGGGAAGGUAGAGCCUGGUGGGAUGGGACAGGCAGUCCGUGGCUUUCUCUGAGCAUGAGUGUUCUAGGUGUGAGGCUCUGAGGGUGGCCUGUGAGACGGGUCAGGGUUUAGGGAUCAGGCCAGAGGCAAGAUUGGGGUGGUCAUUUGCCAUCCAAGGUGAGCUGCCCCAGUGGAAGGCCAUGGGCGCUCUUGAGGGUCGAUGUGCCCCUCUGUACGUCUGAGAAUGUGUGCUUGAGAGGGUCUGCAUCUCUGGGCCCGCCCAAGGUUGUCUUUAGUGUCUGUGUGGGAUUGAGGAGAGCGUGUAUGGGGUGUACGGUCUGUGUGGGAUUGUGUGUGUAUGUGUGUGUUCGCGUAUGGCCAUGCCUAAUGUGCGUCUGUCUGUCUUUGGGUACCACCAUCACUGGGUGUGUAUCUAAGAGGGAAACGUGUGGCUGGGGGAUGCCUGUUCGUGUUUUGGUGUCUAUAUGUGUUGGGGGGUCAAGACCUCAGGACAAGCACUAGAUUCACUUUUAUGAAGGGUGGGGACGGAGGGGCCAAGCCCUAUCAAUUUUGCCAAAAUGCCAUUUCUCCUUUCUUUCCCCAUCCUGCCUCCUCCCGCUGCUGGCCUUGGGGCACACGAGUAUGGGGAGAGGGAGCCAGACCACAAGAGAACAAGCCUGUAGGCAUCUGGGGCCAGGUGGGGAAACUGAGUAGUAGCUGUUUGGUCAUACUUUGGGAAAGAAAAUCGGUGCCACAGGGAGGCACAUAGCCCUCCUCUUCACUCCAAGGGGAUCAGCCUCAGCAUAGCCACUGGCAGGAGGCAGUGGGGUUCUUUAUGUCUUCCAGCCGUCACCCUCCCCAUCCGACCUCCUGUAGCAGUCUCAAGGGGCCCCCUCCCCUGGUGACUGAUGGGAUGCCUCGGGGGACCUGUUUUCCUUUUUUUAUUCCACAGGGAGAGUAGGUGUGGGGCAGUGGGAGCUAAGCUCAUCCCCCAGGAAUUAACAAAGCUUGGGGCGCUCGAACCAUCCCACACUCUUGUCUGUCUGGCAGCAGGGGCAGAGGCGAAUGAGGACUUUUCACACACUGGAGGAAUGACAACUUGCUGGGGAGGGAAUUGGUUCUCAAAGUGCCUUACAGUUUAGGAGGAGGAGGAGGCUGGUACCUUGGGGUAGGGAUGCCAUGUCUUCUGAGGGAACUUGAGGUCAGUCAACCAAAGAAGCCCCCGAAGGGCCGCUGGUCAUUCUCCAAAUGCAGUCCCAAUCCCCAGAGGUGGCAAGGAGGGCAUCUACCUUGGUGUGAGGGACGGGUUAGCUGCUUCUUGCUUUGGCCCCAUGGGCAGCACCCCAGAAACCUGAGCCAACAGCUCUCUUCCCUCUAGGCGCUCCCUCUCCCCCUGCAUUGGAAGAAAUGUCUUGGACCAAGUUUUGGUCAGUAAAAAGUCAGAAUUUCUUCGGAAGUAGGAGCAGGGAAAUAACGGGCCCUUUAUUUCUGGGUCUCUAGGUGCUACAUUUUCUUGGCUGGGGGGAAGAUAGAGCCAAGAGGCUGGCCUGUUGGGGGCCUGCGGAGGCAUGGCUAACGCGUUAACUCCAGGGCUUCUCCCGGGCCCCUCCAGCCGGCUCUCAGGCGGGUGCCCUGAGCGAGCUCCGCGGUCUCAGCUCUUUCUGCCCUUGGGCUGGAGGCAGGACAGGGAAAGCUGCUUGGUCUAGGCUGGGAGGCUCAUCGACUUCUGGUCUGCUGCUCUCCUGCUUUCUCCCCCACCGAGAAGGGAAUACAGGGUGUGUGUGUGGGAGGGACGUUGGGUGAAUGCAUGUGUGAGCGUGGAAGGAUGCAUGCAGGCGUGGCGACAUUUGACCAUGACGAGUAAGCUGAAUGUGGCUCCCCCCGCGUCUGGGCUGGGGCUAAGGGGCGGCCAGGCCCAUUCUCUCUCCCUCUCCUCAUGGCUGGGCUGAGCCGCUGACUCCUGUGGGCCGCCUUGGCUUCCCCAUCCUUGCCCUCCCCUCCAGACGGCUGCAGUUGGGCUCGGGCUGGCCCAGGGCCUUCUGCACAAAUUGGGACUCCGGUGGGAUCCCAGGCAGCCUGCCUCCGCUUGGAUGGAGGUGUGACCUUAGCGAGGACAGACAGACGACGCAAUAGGCCCGGCAGCGGGUUGUCGUAGUUCAGGUGGCUCCUAACGCUGCUUCUAAAUCGAGGCGGCUCAUAAGCUAAUUCUUCCUGGUUAAGCUCCUUUAUGUUUUCAUUUUGUAACUUUUUUUUCAUUUUUAAGAUUCUUUGCACCUUAAUCCCCUCCCACUGCUCUCCUCCCCCAUGGAUACCAGGCGCUGGGAGACAGGACCUCCUGGUUCCCAUGACCAUGUCAAACAGGAAGAUUGAGGACUUGGAAGAAGGGGCGCCCUCUGCUCCCCACCUCCUGCUGGAACCCCCUUGGAAACUGGGGCCAGUUCUGCGGGGAACAGGAGCCUGAAAAUGGGGACUGAAGUGGCCCUGGGGGCUCGAGGGGCAGCAACGCCCAAGUAUUCCAUGCUCCCCCGGGCAAGCCUGCCCCGUGCUGGGCCCUGACGACCAAGGGGGCCCCUCCGCCUCCGGGAACUCUGUGACUUGAGUGGUCAGAAGGGUUGAUAUUCAUCAAGGAAAAACAAAAACCAAAGUCAACCUCCGUGCUACGGACUGUGGCUGGCAGCCAGAGAGGUGGGAAGGGGGGAGAAGGGACGGGGUUGUAGCAGAGCUAGACGCAAAGCACUUAUGAAGGCCAGAUCCGAGCUGUUGCAGCUGGUGGCCAGGGGCCCACUCGACUCCACGCCACGGGGAGGGCUAGUCGUGGGACCCUUAAGUGUGAUAAACAAUAUUAUUAAUAAUAAUUAAUAAACAAAGCACUUUAUUCUGUA